AUGCCAUCUGUAUUACCAUCAGUAUUACCCACCAAGCCACCAUCUCCUAAAAAAUCUAUUACAUACAAAAGUCGUCUAUUGGAAGUCAACUCACAGCACAAGGUUUUUGUCUCAUUUGCUGAGGAAGGGCCAGAACUUUUUGCUGUCCAGCUUGUUAGUGAUGCAAAGAAACUACAGGACAUGAUGGAUGAGAUAAACAGAAGGCCACAUAGCAGUCUUACUGAACCACCAAUGAUAGGCACUGUAUGCCUUGGGAGAAUGUCAGGUGAUAGGAUCAUAUGCCGAGCAAUAGUUAUGAAUCUCUCUGGCUCUCAAUGCAAACUGUUCUUUGUUGAUUUUGGUGACACAGAGAUGGUAUCAUAUUAUGACAUUUUUGAUAUACCAGAAGAGUUUGUGAAACCAAAUGUGUUUGCUAUGAGAUUUUGUUUAUCCGGAGUGAAGAAGUUGGAAAAGGGUCCACAUUUGAAUGAGACUUUCAAGCAGCUUGUUAAUGGCAAGGUCCUUACCCUGAAAGUGGUCGCACCUGAAGGACCUCCUCUUAUUCAAUAUGGUGAGCUGUUUUUGGACAACAAGAAUAUCCUCGACUUGCUAUUGGCAAAUAUGAAAGAUCAGUUGCAGUUUAAAUGGAUGGAAAUGUUACCUCUAAACAGCAAGAAAUCUGUACUUGUUUCAUAUGUAGACAGUUGCAUUAAGUUCUAUGUGCAGCUUUCUGAUAAGAUUGAUGAAUUGAAUGCAGUCAUGGAUGCUGUCAAAGUGCACUGUGAGAGUAGAACGUCCCCCGGUGAGCUACCAGUAGGCGCUGCUUGUUGUGCCCGAUUCCCUGAUGAUGAUAAUUGGUACAGAGCACGAGUUCGAGAUACAAAAGGGAACAAAGUUGUUGUAGCAUAUGUCGACUAUGGAAAUGAGCAAGAAGUUGAUAUUUCAGACUUGAGAACUAUUACUCCUGAUUUAAUUAGGUUACCAGCACAAGCAUUGAAGUGUGCUCUAAAAGGAUUUGAAAAUAAACCAGUUGAAACAAAGACAUCAAACCAGUUGGAAAUGCUAGCUUUAGAGAAGACUCUAAUGGCUCAUAUAGUUGGUGUACUCUCCAGUGAUACCAUGCUGGUUACGUUAGUGGAUGAUACAGUUUCACCACCACUGGAUGUUGCCAGGAGAAUGAAUCAACUUUCACAGCCAAGGAACAUUGAGGCUAAAGCGGUAACGCCGGUCCGCAAAGAAGCGUCGGAUACCAUCAGCUCCCCAGAAAGCGUUACGGACGACGGCAAAAGGAAGAGUUUUCGCCGCGAGAAGAGUUUCAGGGACGAGCGCCGGCCGCCUAGGGAGGGCAACGAGGAGUUCGGCCAACGAGGCGGCAGCUUUAGGGGCAGCAGGGAAUAUAAGGAAGGUUUCGACAGGGCGGCGCCGGGACGCCACAGUGACAAGUUCGGCGGGAAACCCGAUCGCGGUGACAGGCGUGGUGGUAAGCCGAGGGAGAACCAUUACGCGCCACCGGCAAGCCAAACUCCCACCGACGACAAUUGGGAUGAAACGGCCCCAUCCACACAGGCGACUUUCCAGGCCCCACAGCCGCGGGCAAACAACAGAGAGCAUCAUCAGCGAAGAAAGCCUAGGCCGGAGCAGGAGAAGAGCUCCAAGCCCUCGUGGAAGGGCAAAGAGUCUGGCGUGGGGAAGCGGCUGAAGCAGGCCGCCGAAGCGGCCUCAAUGGAGGCGCAGGGGUCCCGACAAACCGGCGCCUCGAUACAGGAUCGCCUUCGACGCGACAAUCAGGAGGAGGGUGAGGACAGGAGCAGGCAGAGAGAGAACCGACGCGACAACCGCGGCGACAGACGCGACAACUGGGGCGACAAGAAAGAGAACAAUUGGGGUGACAGGAAGGAGAACAGUUGGGGCGACAAGAAGGAGAACAGCUGGGGUGAUAGGAAGGAGAACAGCUAUGGCGAAAAGAGAGAGGGGUGGUCGCAGAAGAGGGAGUCACGGGGAACGGAACGGGGGAGGCCGAGGGGCAACUUCACCCCGAGGGAGAGGGCGGAGAAGCAGGACCGAUACGGGUCCGACAGCGACCGGAGAUCGGACAAGAGUUUCCGUUCCCAGGACAGCGGCAGGGAGCGCGGCGGGCGCGCCACGUCGGCCAGGCGCGGCCGGUUCGCGCCGCCCCAGCACAGGGAGCUGCCCGAGCCGGUCCCGCUGGACACGCCCUUCGAGGAGCCCGCCAUCGAGCCGAACGCCCAGCACGAGGUCUCCGUCACGUGGAUCAUAUCGCCCGGCAACUUCUACACGCAGAUCCUCUCCUCGCAGCCCAAGUUCCUCGAGAUGAUGCACUCCAUACCGGAGCUCUACAAGGGCGUGAGGCCGUACUCGGGCGUUGUACCGGCCGGCGCCACCGUGCUCGCCCGCUACCCAGCCGACGGCGUGCUCUACCGGGCGACGGUCGUCUCGCCGCAGCCGCUCUCCAAGUACAUAGUGCGCUACGUGGACUUCGGCAACAAGCAGCUGGUGGACGCGAGGGACAUCUGGCAGAUGGACAGGAGCCUGCUGGCGCUGCCCCGGAUGGCGGUGCACUGCUCGCUGCUGGGCGUCGCGCCGAAGGACGGCGAGUGGAAGGCGGACCCAGAGGUCGAUCUCUGCUUCAACGCGCCCAGAUACCAGUGCGUGUUCCAGGAUUGCGUCGAGGGCCAGCACGCGGUCUCGCUGUGGAACAACGGGCUCAGCGUCGCCGACACGCUGGUGGAGAAGCAGCUGGCGGUGCCCUCCGAGCACCAGGCGUCGGUCGCGUUGAAAGACGAAGCGAUCGACCUCACGAUAAUCGUCGGGCAACAGAUAUUGUGUCGAGUGACGCACGUGGAGUCCUUUGAGAAAUUCUAUAUACAGUUGGACUUGGAUAAAGCGGCACUCGUAGAGAGCGCCGUUGCGAGCUUUGACGCCGAAAAACUCACUCCAUUAGGCGCGGACAGUCUCGUGGAAGGCAUCCAUUGCACUUUGAAGCACGAGGGAAAAAUAUAUCGCGCCAUAAUAAAUGAUAUCUCCGACAAAAAUGACAUUCUUGCUGUGCUGCCAGACUACGGAAACUCUAUUACCACGUCAAUCGAGAAUCUAAUGAUACUGCCAACGGAGCUCAGUGUUUACUACUACCAAUCCCUAGAGUGUUGUCUCAAUAAUUACACCCCUCAGUCGGAAACUCUCCUCUCCAUUGAGAAAUUAAAAGCUAAACUUACGGGCAACAAAUUCAUUAUUUACAUCAACAACGUCGAAGGGAUAAGGCUCGUGACGACACUGUACGACCCAAAAUCCGGUCAGAAGGUAGCCAUCUUUGAGCCCGACGAUGGCGCCUACGACGAGGUGGUACCGCUGUGCACUAGAUCAGUUUUCAACUACAACUUCGGCAUGGGCUACAUAUCCCAUUUGGAGAAUCUGAACGAGUUCUACCUGCAGAGAUCCUCGGACAGCGAGAAAAUCGCUCUGUUGCUGGAGACGCUCUAUAAGUUCUAUGAGGAGGGUGAGCCGGAAUCUCUGUCGGAAUUCGAGGCGGACACAUUGUGUGCGGCGAAAUCUUCUGACGGCAACUGGUACCGGGCUACCAUAAUCAGCACGAGCGAGGAUGACGCGAAAGUGCAGUUCACCGAUUACGGCAACACGGAAACACUGCCGAAGGCCGAGUUGAAGAAACUAGACCCGCGGUUCUACGAGCCGUGCGCUUUGGCUCUAGUGGCGAGCCUGGGCCUGGUCGCCCUGCAGGACGAUACUCUACAAAAGCUCAGCGAAUGGACCGCCGACAAAGAGGUGCAAGUGACGCUCGCUUUCGGCGACGACGGAUGGCUCGCCAGUUUGCACCUGGACGGCGUGGACCUAUCUAUGAAGUUGGUCAACGAGAACCUCGCCACCCCACGUAUUAAUACGCCCGAAGAACCGAAAAUCGAAUCGACGACCGACGAGCCGAUCUCAAUUCCCCAAGGUUGCAUUCAAGUGUACAUAAGCCAUAUCGACACGCCUGGUCACUUCUGGUUACAGAUGUUAGAUAAGAUUGAAGGAUUAGACAAAAUCCAAGCCGAACUCCGCGAGAACGGUGACACUUAUCCCGAUAUUGAUAAUCGCGAAUUGGGCACGAUAUGCGUCGCAAAAUAUUUGGCUAACGACCAAUGGUAUCGGGCUGAAAUACUCGAUUCCGAUUCUGACAUCACGACCGUUCGCUUUAUUGACUAUGGCAACACGGAUGUCUUGGACAAUCAGCCCGGUUUAAUAAAGGAGAUGCCUGCCCAUUUGAAGGACGUCGAACGCAUCGCUAUCAAAUCGAGCGUCAACGCCAUACCAACGGGCACGGGCCAAUGGUCCGAGCCUGCGUCUGAUUACUUCACGAAACUAGUCGGCGAUCUCUCCGCGCCGGUGGACGUGCUGGUCGUGCUCAAAGACAUCAUGACUUACGUGGACAUUUUCGUUAACGGUCAAAACCUGACCGACAAACUGGUAUCGGAGGGCCACGCUACCAGAUCGGAGGAACCGGAAUGCGGCGAUUUGCCGUCAUGCUUCGCCAGCCACGUCAACACGCCGUCGGAGUUCUGGAUUCAGCUAGAGACGGCGACGGCCGAUUUGCAAGCGAUGGAGGCCGCCAUGGUGGACGCCGAAAACUUCCCGGAGCUCAGCGAUCGCGAGGAGGGAGUCAUCUGCGCGGCCAAGUAUCCAGAAGACGGCGCUUGGUACCGGGCCCAAGUGAUCGUCGACGGAUCGGAGGGGACCGAGGUGCUGUUCAUGGACUACGGUAACGCGUCAAUGGCCAGCGAACUGCGAAGCCUGCCCGACGAGCUCAAGAUAAAACCGGCGCUGUCCAGAAAGUGCGCCCUGCAGAAACCGCGCGACGUCAAGUCCUGGUCGCGCAAGUCCGAAAUCAAAUUCAACGAGCUUGCCGCUGAAGGCGCGACCAUUUUCAAUGUACAAUUCAUUGCCGCCGGCGACAUCUCCAUCGUUGAGCUGUACCUCGACGGGAAAUCUGUGACCGAAGAGCUCGUUGGUUUGUGCGAUGAGGUCCCGAGUACAGAGCGGCCGACACCAGUCGGUCAAGAUUUGCACAGUAGCGGCAAGAUAUGCUAUGUGAACUCCGUGGACGAAUUCUACGUGCAACUCGACGAGUCUGCAUCCGUUCUUGAGAAGGUGACGCAAGAAUUGUGUGGUAGCUCGCAGUUUGAUCAGGUUUCCGAUUUGAAGGUCGGCUCCGUUUGCGCUGCAUUCUGGGCUGAUGAUGAACAAUGGUACCGGGCAAAGAUUUUAGAGUUUUGUGAUAUAGGCUAUCAUGUACAGUUUAUAGAUUACGGUAAUAAAGCCAAAUGUGAAGAGUUUAAACAACUGCCCGAGAACCUAAGCGUCAUCGAGCCAUUAGCAAAGUGUUGUCGACUAGCAGGAUUAAAUGACGCUAAUAAUUCAAGUGAACACGCGAAAGCGAAACUUGAUGAAUUAGCUUCACAUGAUUCAACAACAUUCCAAAUAGAGUUUUUAGAUAGCAUAAAGGAACCAACUCUGGUUAAACUGUUACUAAACGGUGAAGAUAUUUGUUCUAUAAUAUUAUCAGAAAGCAAAUUUGAAGAGAAUAAUGAUAUGAGUGAUAAUAUUGAACAGAAAUCUAAUUAUAUACCAGAAGAGAAUCAAAUGAAAACAGAAGACAACUCUAAAGAAAGUGUUGAACCUGAAAAGUUCAAUAAAUCUCAGGAUGAUCUUGAUGUUAGCAUAGAAAGUAACCAUACCGUUAUAGAAAACAAAUCACUUGAAGCUGAUAGUGAACAAAGUGAACUAACUGAAAGUGAUACAUCAAUACAGAAAACUGAAGCGCAUCUUGACAUAAUUGAGAACUCCAAUGAAACUUUAAAAUCCGAAAAUGAUAAGCCAUCCAAUAUAGUUAAGAUUGAUCAUGACACAUCUAAUGAAACCUUGCCACCUGUGAAUCAAACGGAAAUAAAGGAGGAUGAAGUGGCACUAGAAAAGUUGGAAACAAAAAGCAGUGAA